AUGUUUAUUGUCUUCGACGUUCUCCCUCUCGCUCUCGCUCUCUGUUUUUUCGGUCGCUCGGUGUCUCUCGAUGUCUCUGCCGUCUCGGUCUCCCUAUCUCUGUCAAAAAAAGAAAAAUUCAGCGAAUGUGUUUUCGUGUGUGUGUGUGCAUCUGGAGGACAAGCAAAAAGUAUAAAAAAGUGCACGACACACACGUCUGCCCGGCUGGACGACGGGGGCGUCAUGGCCGCCCCAUCCGGUACCACGGCCACUGGGGCUGCCGCAGCGACGGAUCCCGAUGUGACGGACGGGCUCGACGUGACCAUUGUCAGCCAUCAGGAUCAGGGCCAUAUCGUCUACCUCAUCGAAACCACUGUUGGCGUCCUCGGCGAAAGUUAUCAGGCGCCGCACCGCUAUUCUGAUUUCGUCGCCCUGGCUGCCCACGUGACUGCUCUCACCAACGUCGAUAUCCCUCUUCCCCCCAAACGCUUCAUGGGAAACAAGACCGCCGCGGUCAUUGAGGAACGCAAGCGCGCCCUGGAAGGCAUGCUGCAAACCCUUGCCCGCCAUCCCAUCCUUCGCCAUGACAUGGCUGUCCGCCAAUUUCUCCUGCCCACCCUCGUCUCCGAUCACCUUGCAGAUGAGAAUAUGCGCGGCGUUAGCCUCUUUUUUCGCAGCAAUCCCAACUGGCUGCGCCAACAAGAUACCCCACUCGUGGGUUGGCGAGUCGCCAAGGAAUUCGUUCUCGUCCAGACCCAAGGCUAUGCCACCCAGGAUAGCCAGGGCCCCAAGUACCUUGCAUGGCGCUGCCUCACGCCUUUGGGUCUGGUUUUCCGUACGCCUACUUUCACCCAGACACGCGUCGGGGGCCAUCCCCACGUUGAGGCGGGUGCCCUCGCCAGCGCCCUCAAAUAUCUUGCUGGCAUAUCACAUCCCUUCAUUGCCCCUGCCAUUUUCGGAGGCAUCCAUGAGGCCUCGGGUCUCAACGCCGUCGUCGUCCGCAACCUCUAUCCCAAAGGCUCCAUCCGUGAUCAUGUUUGCAAAAACAAAAACCCACAGGAAAGCUUCGUGAAAAAGUACUGUUGCACCAAAUACAAACCCUUUGACGAGCGCCGUACAAAGCUCUACGGACGCCAAAUUCUAGAGGCCAUAUCUUUCUGUCACGCCAAAAACAUCCCUCUUGGCCACAUUCAUUCUGGUAACAUAAUGGUGGUGAGCGAUCAGCUCGUGCACCUGACGGAUAUUGAAACAGGCAUCCUAGGCAUUUCUGGCUUUUACGACGGCCACGUCAAGCAACUCAAAAAAGUCAAUACCCUUGAGCGCCGGGAUGUCUACUGCUUCGGGCAUGUGCUCUUUGAGAUGGUGUUUGGCCGCCCGCUCGGUCAAUUGACCCUCGAUGAGGCCCUACCGAGUGGACCCCAUAAGGAAAUCCUGGAACUGCUGCUCUCGCCCCGUGGUGUGCGUAGCCUUCCCACAGUCUCCCAACUUUUGGCCAUGCCCUACUUCAAGGACGUCAAUCUCGGGGCUGUUGAGCGUGGCAGCUUUAAGUUGAGCGCACGUGUACGCGACGCCUUGGCGUCAGCACAAACGAGCGCUCACCAGGUCUUGCGUGAGCAACAAGCUCAGCUCAUGGCACGCAAGCGUCAGGACGAGCAAGUGCGUGACGAAGAAAAACGUAGUCGCCAGCGCGACAGAGAACUCAGCCGCCAAGUGCGCACCAACAAUGGCUCGUCAUUUAGCAAACGCGGGUUGAAAAAGGCCGAAACAAACGACCGCAGCGGGCCCCUCCUAUAA